AAGCCACCACGGCCUCGCCUCGCCCGGGGCUGAGUCAGCGGCGGAGGAAUGCGAGGCGCCCCCUGCUCCUCGGGGAGGGGGCGUUGCACCUCCGCUGCCGAGGCCAUGACGUCAUGGGCUAUGCUAAUGACUAGCAUGUGAGGAGCGGGGGCUCCGCGGGGCGCGCGGCUCACUUGUGCCGGAGAAGCAGGCGGGGGAGAGAGAGCGCGAGAGGGAGAGACGCGGGUCCGACGGCGCGCCCGGACGCAGCGCCGUUCUUUACUCCGUGCCGCCGGGGUCGCCUUCGCUGGUGCGCGGGCUCGCCAUGGCCCUGCCCGGGCACCGCCAGGCGCCGCCGCCGCCACCUCCUCCACCGCCACCUCCAUCGCCGGCUCCUCUUCCUCCUCUUCUUCUUCAGUGAAGGCUCAGCCGAAGCCGGCAAAAGAAGGACGGCCGGCCGGCCAGAAGGGCGCGCGGCAGCCAGUUGUGAAGGCUUCUAUUUUCUCCACUUCCCCUAGCAAGGAAUGCUGUGACUGUGGAUGGUCCAGAAAGCUGCCCGAGGAAGGAGAGCCAGCGCCAGCCCUGGGCUAAAAUAACCAGACUGGAAAAGAGCAAAGAGGGAGGGGAAAGCAAAACACCCAAAAAGAAAACAGCUACAUAACCCAUAUCCCCUCACAACAUCUUCACACGUUGCUGUGCCUUGUUGAGAAAUACCGCUAUACAAGUCCACACACAGAAACCAAGCAGUGUGUCUGUUUUCCCUUGCCACCAUGUGUCAUUGUCCUUGGCAGAAUUAAGAAGCAGCCAGUGGCCUUUUUGGACGUGCGAGGAAGAAGAAGAAGAAGAGCAAGCAAACCUCAGAAUCCGUCUCCGAACAUCUGUCCUAUUUCUGCAGUUAACAACGUUGUAAAAUAGACGUUUAAAAAAGGGCGUGGGUGGGAAGAAAAAAAAAAAGAACUUCUAGGGGAUUCUCCUACUUUUUUUUUUCCUUGCAAAAAAAAAUAUAUAUCAGGGAGUGCCCCACACAGAUUUUUUUCCCCUGUUCUCGAUAUUGCACGCGGACAUUCACUUGCACCAACCAUGAUGUUUCGAGACCAGGUUGGAGUAUUGGCAGGUUGGUUCAAAGGCUGGAAUGAGUGCGAACAGACAGUUGCUUUGCUUUCCUUACUGAAGAGAGUGACUCGGAGCCAGGCCCGUUUCCUUCAGCUCUGCCUUGAGCAUUCCCUGGCUGACUGCACAGAACUGCACGUUCUGGAAAACGAAGCCAACAGCCCUGGAAUCAUUAACCAGUGGCAGCAAGAAUCAAAGGACAAAGUGAUUUCUCUAUUGCUCACCCACCUGCCUUUGCUGAAGCCAGGGAAUAUUGAAGGAAAAGUGGAAUACAUGAAACUACUUCCCAAAAUCCUGGCUCACUCAAUUGAACACAACCAACACAUAGAGGAGAGCAGGCAACUCCUGUCUUAUGCUUUGAUCCAUCCUGCCACAUCCCUGGAGGACAGGAGUGCUCUUGCCAUGUGGUUGAACCACUUGGAGGACCGCACAUCGGGAACCUUUGGCAGCCAAAACAGAGGUCGGUCUGACUCGGUGGAUUAUGGGCAGUCACAUUACUAUCACCAAAGACAGAACUCGGAUGAUAAACUCAACGGGUGGCAGAGCUCUCGGGACUCUGGCAUAUGUGUGAAUGCCUCCAGCUGGCAAGAUAAAAACCUGGGGUGCGAGAAUGGCCACCUCCCUCUCUAUUCCUCGUCCUCUGUUCCUGCAACCAUCAACACGAUUGGGACUGGCACAGGCACAAUUCUCUCAAGUCAGACCCAUCAUAGCCCUCUGAAACGGUCUGUGUCCCUCACCCCACCCAUGACUGUGCCUAGCCAGCCCCUUGGACACGGAUGGAUGUCUCAUGAGGACUUGCGGGAUAGGGGACCCCAGGGCAUCCCUUCCGAUCAUGCCCCCCUGUCUCCGCAAAGCAGUGUAGCCUCCUCAGGCAGUGGUGGGAGUGAACAUUUAGAAGAUCAGACUUCUACUCGUAACACAUUCCAGGAAGAAGGGAGUGGUAUGAAAGAUGUUCCUGCCUGGCUCAAAAGUCUGCGUCUCCAUAAGUAUGCUGCCCUUUUUUCCCAGAUGACCUACGAUGAAAUGAUGUCCUUGACUGAAUGUCAUCUUGAGGCUCAAAAUGUUACCAAAGGUGCAAGGCAUAAGAUUGUGAUCAGUAUCCAAAAGCUAAAAGAGAGGCAGAAUCUCCUCAAAUCCUUGGAAAGAGAUAUCCUAGAAGGAGGCAAUCUGCGCCUCCCAUUGCAGGAGCUUCACCAAAUGAUCCUUACCCCAAUCAAAGCGUACACUUCUCGGAACCUGUCAAUGGAUGAGCACAGUUCUCAUCUCCAUCGACCAACUUCUCUGAUUGGCUCAGACAACCCAGGGUCGGAUUGCAAGGACUCUGCCUCAGGAGGAAUGCAGCACCACACCUUACCCGGUUGUGAGGGGGAAACUGGAGGUAUCCCUUUGCCAGAAGGAGACAUCCCAGGACAGUUUACUAAAGUGAUGGGAAAAGUUUGUACCCAGCUCCUUGUCUCCAGACCUGACGAGGAGAAUAUAAGCUCCUAUCUACAACUCAUAGACAAAUGCCUAAUUCAUGAGGCAUUUACCGAGACACAGAAGAAAAGACUGUUGUCAUGGAAACAGCAGGUGCAAAAACUAUUCAGGUCUUUCCCUCGCAAAUCCAUCUUAGACCUCUCGGGAUACCGGCAGCAAAGAACCCGAGGAUUUGGCCAGUCAAACUCCUUACCGACAGCUGGAUCUGCAGGUGCAGGAAUGGGCAGAAGAAACCCACGCCAAUUCCAAAUUCCCUCUCGAAAUCUCCCCACUACACGGCUGGGGCUUUUGGGUCCCAGUGGCCUCCUAGGAGCCAGCCAGCGCAAUGGAGCUGCCAACCCCACCAUCUUAAAGCAAGGAAGACAGAAUCUUUGGUUUGCAAAUCCAGGAGGAAGUAACAGUAUGCCCAGCCGAAGCCAUAGUUCUGUACAGAGGACCCGUUCACUGCCUGUCCACACCUCUCCUCAGACAAUGCUUAUGUUUCAGCAACCUGAGUUCCAAGUCCCAGUGACAGAACCCGAUAUCAAUAAUAGGCUGGAGUCCUUGUGCCUGAGUAUGACUGAACAUGCCCUAGGAGAUGGUGUUGACAGAACCUCAACUAUCUAGAAGAUGGAAGAAUCUGCAGUGACAACGCUGGCCGUGAGAAAAUUUGGCUGCUGGACCAGUGGUAGAUUUCAUGAUGAGUCCCUUGUCAUGCUAAGGAUCCCUGGAGAUACAUUGCAUCCUUUCAUUGCUGUUUCCUUCUGUUCUUCUUUCUGCCUUCUCUCUCUUCUCCAUCUCUGUUUCCAUUGUGAAGGGCUGCUUAUCUUAAUGGUUAUGUCAGAAGCAACACAGCAAUUGUGUCAUCAGAGAUAGCACAUACACACAAAAACAACAACUUGGAGUAAACAAAACAAGUUGGGGGACUUCACCUAAGGGCUGGCAUCCCGGUGCAUGUCUUAAAAGUAUCUAAGGGCAGGCAUCUUAAUAGCAAGGGAAUAGGCAGGAGGUCUCCAGUGGAAAUGGGGGGGGGUGUUUGAUGCAAGUCUUCUGUAUGAAGAAGGAGACCUUUAAGUAUAUUAUUGACGUAUGGUCAAGAAGAAGGGACUUGCACAUUGUUUGUCUGUAAAUAUGAGCUGUAUUUCACUGACAUUCAAACCACAAUGGGAGCUGUGGUUUCAUUGAGUGGGAUAGAAAGGAAACUCAAAAGGCCAAUUGGUUUUGCCUCAGUUACAUUCAAAAAACUAGCUUUGAAUCCUGAGCAUUGUUUACAUAUGAAGGCGGAUAGAAAAGAGCAUGUUGCACAUGCUUCAAACUCCACCUUCCUUCUUCUGCAGAGAAACAAUGGGGUAAAGCCAGCCUAGUUUCCACACUUGUCCUGGAGAGCCAUCUUGCAUGGCCAAAAUCCCUGCUGCUCUGGGAAACUACCAGUGCCCCAGUCCCAAUUGCCAAAUUCCUGUAUGAGAUUGUAUGUAUGUGGUGCAAAUAAAAUCUCUUGAGACAUCUAGUGGCUGGGAUAAGGGCGCCCCCAGAAGGAAGGGAUACCAGCAGUUUUGGCUAGAAGCAAGUCAAAGCCUUCUGAUCUUGGAGGAACCAGGGAUUCCCACUUUCCUUCUCAUUUUGCCAUUAAUAAUAGAUCUUUUGCAUGGUACCUGUGUGUGUGUGCGUGUGCGUGCGCGUGUGUGUAUAAUUUUUUUUUUCUUUUUGGCGUCAUAGCAGGUUUUGCCUUUUUAAAUAAUGUCAAGUUUCUAGAGAAUUUCAGACACUUAUAACUUUUUUCUUGACUUUCCAAGCUGGGCCAGAGCAGGAUGCCAAAGAAAUGUUGUAGAGCAGAAAGAAGAAAAGUUGAAGAGAGGGUUUUGUUCCUUUGAUUUUGUGUGAAUGAGAGAGAUAGAAUUUUAAAGGUGCUUCAUUGAAAUUUGGCAUUGACAUCUUGAGCAUUGGGAUGCUCAAAAAUAGCUUUAUGAAAGUUAGUAUCAUCUUAGAGAACAUUGCUCUAAACAUAUAUUUUUUUAUGAAAAAGCAGAGGUAUAUACACCAUGAAGAUUUCUUCUUGAUCUUGGUUUGGUAGCAUUUGGAAUUCAGAAGUUAGGGAAGCAAAUUUACAACAUCUGUUCCACCCCUAACUCUACCCCUGUUCCAAAGCGUUAUCUAGAUAACAACUAAGAAACAAUUAGCAAAAUAGCAUUAUGAUUGCAGCCUCACAACUGUUGUGUUGUAAUCCAAAAAUGAAUAACAGUGUGCACCAGCUGCAAUUGCUUCCAAGCAUCUCUACAGGCUGAUUUGACCCUAGAGAAAAUUAAAGGGAAAAAUAAGGUGCCUUAAGCCUCUAUGAGCAAAGAUAUUUAGUUAACACCUUAAACCUGCCAAUUACCAGCAAGGCCAAAAUGCUGAGGACUUUAGCUAUGCUCACAAACAGAGAACCCUCAUGCUGGUCUCUGCUUUAACCCACAUUUUUCCACUUCUAUACUAAUUAUGUGCUGAGAGGAAGAGACUGCUUUUAAACAGAUAUAUGUGCAUGCAUGAAAAUGCAAUCUGUUCCAAUGCAUCACCUACCAGAUAAUAGCAAGUGAUAAGGUGCCAUUUAGAAAUCAGUAUUUCUGAUCAUAACAGUGCAGAAAUAAUUGAUGCUUCAGCUCUAUGAUAACUGUCCAAUCUAUUCAAUAACAAAAUUACAUUUUGGUAUAAUAACUUCCUGUUCCUCCUGUGGAAGAAAAAUACCCAUACAUCUUCUUACCCAAAGAUGCAUCCUUAGUUCUUGGGUGGGUGGGUGUGAGAGAGAGGGAAAGAUUGUGUGUGUGUGAGAGAGUGCCAAGCAACAAACUGUAUAUAGUGAACAGUAAUCCAGUUUGAAACUGGUUGCAUUAUCAUGGCUUCUUGCACUAGGAAUUGUAGUUUUGUGAAGGUGCUGAAGAUUUGUCAUAAUGAAGCCUAUGCUACAGAUUUAAAUUGGUUUGAAAGUACUGCUAAAUAGGAAUACUCCCUCCCUUUCCAGUUAUGUGUCCCUUUCCAUGGUUCUUUAAUUUCAACUCCAAUACAGAGGCAAAUUUUCCAGGGUUCAAAGACAUAAGAGUGCAGCCAGCGUGAAAGUGGACAUGCCCAAAAUAUGAUGCAGUCAGGCCUAUUUCAUUAAGUCUGUAGUGCAAAUUACUGUGGGUUUUCUUUUCUUCCCCCAAACACAGAAUCCGUUUUUGAUAGUAGAUAUUUUUUUCCACCUAAUCAAACCUAACAUAGUGCCAAACAUUUGCUGCUGCUACUGCUGCUGCUUUUUGGUUAGAAAAGGGAAGAAGCUAAAGGACUGCUUCUCAAACUCUGUUAUUGUUUUAUUUUAUUUUUUUUUAAUUGAGGCUAUAAACAGAAGAGAGAUCAUAAUGGGUUUUAGAUAGCAGUAUUUUAAAGAAUUAAAACUGGUAUUUCUGAAUAAAAAGUGCCAAAAUACCCUUUUGCUUUGCUUUAUGUUUACUAGAAUGCCUGUUAACAUAAAAGGAAAUGUUUUUACGUUUAGUAAAGAAGGAGUGCAGUGUUGGAGGAAAGAUUUUGGAAAGUGAUUUUUAAGGCACCUGAGAAAAGACAUAAUCUGCUAGGCUAGUUUUAGGCAUAGGUUGUUUUGCAAUUGAUGGAUUCACAUACUUGUUCAUUGCUGUAGAUCAGCCUUUCCCAACUGUGGAUUCAUUGCAAAUUCCCAACCAGCAUGGUGUGUGUAUAUAUGGCCAUAGCAGUGAGAAAUUCUGGGAGUUGUAGUACAACAUAUCUGGAAGAGACCAGGUUAGGUGAAGCUGCUGUGUAAAAUAGGCUAAUUGGUUGCGGUAGGAUAAUCGUCGGGAAAGCAGGUGGAAUGGUGUAGAAAAUAAUUUGGAUGUAGAAACUGAGGGAACAGUUCUGUAGACUUGACUAUUUUGGAAGUCUAUAAACUAUGUACUCAUGCAGGAAUCUGGGCUGGGGGGGAGGAGAAGUAAAAAAAAUAAGUUGUUCCUCAAAAUCAGGGUGCUAUUGUAGAUUAAGGAAGCUUUAGUCCAGAGCUGUUCAAUCUUAAAAACUUGAAGAUUUGUGGAAUUCAACUUCCAGAAUUCACAUCCGAUCUGGCUGUGGAAUUCUGGGAAUCGAAGUCCACAGGUCUUCAAGUUGUCAAGAUUGGAUACCCCUGCUUUAGUCCACGUGUGUCUGGAGAGCACCACGUUAAGGAAAUCUGGUCAAAAUACUUAACAGAUUUGAAAUGUUUAUUUAUUCCUUUGCUGAAUAUAGAAAACAGAGGUUAUCUGAUUAUUAAAAUAUAUUAUUUUGGAUAGACAUGUGACAUAACUUGCUAUGGCUGGUACCCAUGUAAAAUUCUGGUGUUAAUAACCAUAUGCAUUUUUUCUUCUUCUAUUUUUCCCCCCUUUGGAAAAGAGAACUUAUUUUCCAUGAACACUGUGUGUAGGUACAUUGCUAAGUUGAGCAUGUUUUUUGUAUCUUGUGUAAUGAACAGAGGCUUCAGAUACAUUUUAGAAGCCACCAUCCCUUCCUCUGAAAUCCUGUAUUGAGUGCAGGUAGAAAACACAGAAGAUUAAAAAAAAAAAAAAAACUCAACUAUCCAAAAUAAAAUUAAAUGUAUUUAUAAAAAAAAAAUAGUUGCAUGCUGAAGGCCAUGGAAGUCAAAUGUUUAGUAUUUUUUUAAAAAGUGGCAGUGCCUUUCGUUUUUGUAUUUACCAUUUAUUGCUCAAUGCAACUGUUUUAUAAUAAGCAAUUAUAUAAUAGUUUCAGAAAAUGCAAACUAUUUCACUACAUAGAAAUGUGUGUUCUAUUUUUUUUUCUUGUUCUCAUUACAAGAGUGUGUAAGCUGGAUACCUCUGCCUGCUCUGCGAGAGAUAACUUUUACUAUGCGGUUAUCAUGUAUGAAAUUUAUAUUGGUGCUUUUCUUUCUAGUGAUUUAUGACACUUGUUGAAUGGGGAAAUACAAAUUUAUGUAACAUAAUUGGGGGUGUGAGGGUAAGGGGAUGAAUUCUAGUUUUUAUGCUGCUUUGAAAUUUAUUUGAGGGAAUAGUAGUUGACGAGGAAAAAUCCGGUAAUGCAGUGGGUGAAGCAUUUUCACACUUACUCUCUGCACUGUGAUAACUUUCUGUACUGCAACCCAAAGCAGUUCAGCAUUUUGAAGGGUCCUUGACUGUGAUUCACAACAGAGAAAUAAACUGUAGGCCUUAGUACUUGUUCUAUGGCUAAUUAUUACCUUUAGAAAAGAGCCUGAUUAUAUGGUGAUGGGAGGUCAUUGCCAUUUGACGUGCUGCUUUGUCACCAAUCAGCAUGUACUCGUUCUCAUUAUCACUGUUAAAUUCCCAAUUAUUGAAGCCCGAUGUGAAUUAGCCAGGAUAACAUUUUAGGCCUUUCCGGCUCAGUGCCCAAAAUGUCUAGUUACUCAUUAUUAUUUAAUGAGAUUUAAAAAUCGGUCAUCAAUACUCAACUUUGGCCUGUUUAAAUAAUAAACACACUUUAUUGAGACUAGUAGCUUGGUUUAAAAAGGAAUGUAUUUCUGUUUUGUAGCAUCUAAUCCAAAUGUUAUCUCUAAUCCAGUGUUUCUCAACCUUGGCAACUUAAAGAUGUGCCGACUUCAACUCCCUGAAUUUCCUAGCCAGCUAUACUCGUUGAGGAAUUAUGGGAGUUGAAGUCCAAACAUCUUCAAGUUGCCAAGGUUGAGAAACACUGAUCUAAUCUAAUGGCUCUUUAAAGCACAUAAAGGCUUUGGAGCUUCACACAAGAAGAGAUUUAUGGGCAUCCACAUAGAGCUCCAUAAACAAACAGAGAGUAGGAUUAAUUGGAGGAGUUAGCAUUCAGUAAGGCAAAUGUCCUAUCCAUAGGUUACAAGACCCUGUGUUCAUUUUGUGUGGUAGACUCAGAGGCAUCUGCAAGUGGCUGUCACCAGUGGAUGGGUAAUGUAAUCAACAUUGUCCCAAUGGAAGCUCCACUGCUUUGGUAGAUGCAGUUGUGAAGUUGUAGGCAUGUAAGAAAGGGGUAGAGCUUACCUUGAGCUGCUGCUUUUGUCCUUCCGAUGAAAGCUUUUUAUCUUGCAAAUUACUCUGGACACGCUUGGGUAUUCAAUCUCAAGAAGAUUGCAAACUGCCUGCCAUCAGGCAGCCUCUUUACAUUCUCUAGACAUUGAGCUUUGGCAGUGCCUUUUCCUCUUGUCUAAGAUGAGGCGAAGAAAUAAAAAUAUCCAAGAAAAAAAUAUUUUUUUCUUUGUGCCGUUUGCUGCUCCUUUUUGGCAACUGGAACCUUUUCCAGUUUGAAACCAAGAUUCAACCCUAUUUUCCUUGUCUUUUCUUGGGAGCAGGCAGAAGAACGUUUCUUGCUGACCAGUUCUAUUCCCUGAACAAAGAACUGUUUUGAUGGGAGACAUACAACUUUGUAGGUGUUUCCUUGUCUGUGGCUGCAGAAUUAUGCUCUGAUUUAGCCCUAGAACCCAGGGCCCACCUUACAGUCAGUAAGCGUUUCUUAGCAUUUCUCUUCUCCUGGGUUUCAACCAGCUAAAUUAGAAGUUCUGAAUGUUCUUGUUUCCCCUUCCUCAUCUCAUUUAGGAUGAGUGACCUACGGGCACAUACCCUGUCUCAUUAGGUGUUGGCUUCAAGAGUGUUGCAUCCUCUGUUUUCACUAGACGAGAUGGGGAAGAGAAACAAAGAGAUGUUCAGAAGAGUAGCAGGUCCACCUUUCUUGUAGCGUGUAGUGAAUACAGUCCCCUUCCUGCCUCUCCCAUCAAGGGUUUUCUGGAUGUGCCUGAUUCUAAGAAGUAGAAAGAGUAGAUCUUGUAGAAAGUAUAAUUUGCACACAGCUAUGAUAACACUAAAGUUGAUUUUAUACAAGUCAUCAAAGUUUGCAAAGUGAGUUUUAUUUUUUGUAUUCCUUUAAUCUUUACUUAAAAGGUGAAUGUGUAUUCCUCUGGGAGGAAUUGCAAGAAAACAGGAAUGUUAAUAAAUGUUUAAAAAUAAAACAGAAUACUUCCUCCCUUAUUAAUAUAUAACCCCUUAUGUAUUUAUGCCUACUGUAAGCAACUGAAACAGCUUGGAUUUCCAUUUUGUUGCAUGCCUGCUAUCGGCAAAAAUGAAAAAAAGAGCCUUCUAUUGUACAUGCAUGCAUUUUAGUCUUGAUCUCUUUCUUUCUGUUUUAUUUUAUUUUAUUUUGGUUAGGGGGAAGCGUGUAUUUCCCCUGCAUAAAGUUAGUGCACAAAGAAAUAUUUUUGCCUAGUUAAUGUUGCCAAGCAAUGCAUAUUUUUAAAAGAAAUUUGUCAUAUAUGGAAAUAGCAUGUUUGUUUACAUGUAUCAGCUUCCUGAUUAAUCAGAAGAAGAAGGAGGGGCAGGGAAAAAGUCUAAUGUUUGGGGAAUGCUGUAAUUUCUUUGCAAGUGUACAGUUUUCAAUUUGUUGUUAUUACUGGUGAAAACACCCUUGUGAUUUCAACUUGCUACAAUAUAUAUUUAUUACUCGUUCUCCUUCCAUGUAACUAGGAAUCAUGCCUAUGUUUCAUAUCAACGUUAUAUUGAAAGUGAAGGGAGAUGAUUAAUACAAGAUUUUGUAACAUU